AUGACUGACGGAAAGACCUAUGGAGGGAGCGAUAAGGUUAAACAACCUUCCAAGGAUCUUAAGGUGAGUUAUAAUAGAUUACAAAACCGGUGAAGGGCCUCUUUAUAUAGGAGCAUAGAUGAUGUCAGUCGACACCUCACUAGCUCAGAUAGCUUAGGGGUGCUUCCCAUUAUGCCAAAAUGGUCGGAAAUCUUGGUCGAGAAAUAUAGGGAACACUUCGGUCCGCGUAGAAAUUUUCUGUACAAAGUGGUCCACUACCAGAGGUGGUGCUCUUGACCGGUCGGUUCGGUCCAACCGAAACUUGCCAUACCAUUUCCAAAAAUUCUCGUUUCCAGACCUACUUUGGGAGCAUUAAUCAAAAUUUCGAUCAAACGCAAAUGGAUCGCUUCGAUUUGAUUGGAAACUUUGCUUCCACUGAACAACGUCGUUCCAUUUUCUCUUAUUGAUAAUUCCACUGGUUUCUGACCGUUUGAUUUGGCAAUAUGGAAAGCACCCUAGGACUUUCCAACUUCUCCUGGGUAUUACAGUAGUCUCAAGAGAAAUCGAAGACAAUGGUUAAGCAAAGUUUUGAUGUGUAAACAAGGUGCAUUAUGGUCUAGGGAAAAAUGAAUAGUGAGUUUAUAUACACAGCGGACAAAGGACAGCAACGUCCUCAAGGGAUCUAAUUUUUAAUUGAACGUUCUUCUUUGUAGUCUUUAGGUGUUCACAUGAUGGCAAUCGGUGUCGGAGACGAUGUAGAUACUCGUGAACUUGGGUACAUUGCUGGUAAAAAUGUUAUACUGUCGAGCUCAUUUGACGAGGUUCUGACUAAAGCCGAUCGCCUUAUUGACCAACUAACUCUUGGAGCUUGCAGGGAAGUAUACUAG